GCCGCCCCUAUCCUCACAUGCCAGUCUGUCUGACUUUGGAAGCGACUUGUAUCAUUGCCAGUCUCCCAACGCAGACCCAAAGAGGAGGAGUACUCCGAUGGAAAACCAUGCAGCACUUUGAACCCAUGGAGACAUGGCACAUAGGUUCCUCUCAUCUACGAACAGAUUCAGCGCAAGACUCGCCUUCAUCUUCACCGUGUCACUGUCCUGCACCUAUUUGUGCUAUAGUAUUAUUUUUUGCCGGGGCACAAUCAUGACAAACCGGGGAUACGAGGGGAACCGGUGCCCGACGAGCAAGACCGCAGCAGGGGGGAAGAAACUUCUUGGAAAUUCAGAGAAUUGCGCGUCGCUGGAUGUCCGGUCUGCCCUGGAUGAGAACGCUGCCCAGCGAGGAUCAAGUGAGCUCCGCGGUAAAAGUAAAGCCCCCGCCGCGUCCGGGAGUCACUGGGCUGACACGAAGUUGAGAAACAUGAGCGUUGCGCAGAAAUAUGGGAAUAAGAAGCUGCCUAACGCGUUGAUAGUCGGGGUAAAGAAAGGAGGCACCAGGGCGGUGCUGGAGUUCAUCCGGAUACAUCCAGAUGUGCGCGCACUCGGAACAGAGCCGCACUUUUUCGACAGAAACUACGACAGGGGGCUGGAUUGGUACAGGGGACUGAUGCCGCGAACACUAGACAGCCAGAUCACGUUAGAGAAGACUCCCAGCUACUUCGUCACCAGAGAGGCACCCAGACGCAUCUCCAGCAUGUCUCACGAGACCAAGCUGAUUGUUGUGGUGCGUAACCCAGUCACGAGAGCCAUCUCCGACUACACGCAGACUCUUUCCAAGAAGCCCGACAUUCCCACGUUUGAGGACCUGGCCUUUAAGAACAGAAGUUUAGGUCUCGUUGACACCUCCUGGAACGCCAUUCGGAUCGGAAUGUACAUCCUGCACCUGGAGAACUGGCUGCAGUACUUUCGCCCGUCACAGAUGCACUUUGUGAGCGGCGAGCGGCUGAUCACCGAUCCGGCGGGGGAGAUGGGCCGCGUUCAGGACUUCUUGGGACUGAAACGAAUAAUCACGGACAAGCACUUCUACUUUAAUCGAACCAAAGGCUUCCCCUGUCUGAAGAAGCCGGAGAGCAGCAGCCAGCCACGCUGCCUCGGCAAAUCCAAGGGGAGGACUCAUGUAUUGAUCGACGAGGAGGUCAUAGAGCAGCUGCAAGAGUUUUAUAGGCCAUUUAAUACCAAAUUCUAUGAAACAGUCGGACAGGACUUCAAGUGGGACUGAGGGUGCCAUAUAGAAACAGUCUUGCUACCUCUAGAGACAUUUUAAAUGUAUUUGGGGGUAAAAAGGUUAAAAUCUACUGAUAUAUGUUUAUCUUGACAAGCUGAAUAUAAAAGCUCAGACAUUAGAAAAUGAUCAUACACGUGGAUUCAUAUAAUGCUGAGUUACUCUGAUAACAAGUGCCAUUCCUUUAAAAGAUGACAUAAUGACUUUCUUUACUGUAAACAGAACAUGACAUAUGAAUUCAUCAACCGGCUACUACCAACACCAGAGAUACAUUAAUGCAAUGCUUGAAUGUUAAUUAUCUAGAUAGUUUACAUAUUCAUAAUUUCCAGUCAGAAUAAACCACUGGUGUACGGAUAAAGCGAGAUCUCAACUUGGAGUUGCGGUAAAAUCUCAAAAAAAUGAAUAAUAAACUCACCCAGCAGUUAUUCUGCACUGAAAUGUAUCUAUUUAUUGUUGACUAAAGCUCAAAUGACAAAUUUAAAAAUAGUAAAUGUGCUGUGACUCAGAGAGAAAAAAAUUGAACCUGUAUAAAAGAGAGAUGAUACAAGUUAAACAUUUGUUGAAUUCAAUUCCGCUUUUUUCUGUAAUAGUAUUUUUGUUGUGAUCAUUGAAAUAAA